AUGGGUCGCCUCUUACGACAAGCAGGGAAUACUGUGGGAGAACUCUAUUACCCCCUGCCAACUGGGAGGGCACCUGCUAAGGCUACUGCAACUGCAACUGUAGCUGCAACUGCACCUGCACAGGCUACUGCUACUGCAAGUUUAACUGCAUUUAAAUAUGCAGAUGCUGAUGCAACUGGAAAUGCACUUGCACAGGCUACUGCAACUGCAAUUGCAUUUUUUUCAACUGUACGUGCAAAUGCGACUGCAACUGCUACAGCAAAGGAAACUAACACAGCAACAGCACAUGCAACUGCAAAUGCAACUUCACAUGCUACUGAAACUGAUACUGCAUUCUUUUUAAAUGAAACUGCAACUGCAACUGCUAAUUCAAUGGACUCUGCAACUGCACACGCAACUGUAAAUUUAACUUUACAUGCUUCAGAAACUGCAACUGCACACGCAACUGUAAAUUUAACUUUACAUGCUUCAGAAACUGCAACUGCAUUUUUCCAAAAAUUUAUUAAAACUGCAACUGCAACUGCACAUGGACAUAUAACUGCAACAAAAGAAACUGCAAAGGCUAUAGCAACGAAACAUGCAACUGCAAUUGUAAGUGCAUAUGCAACUGUAUAUGCUACUGCAACUGCACCUGCUACUGUAACUAUGAAUGCAACUGACACUGCAACUGCCAAUGCAACUUAUACUGCAACUGCCAAUGCAACUGACACUGCAAUUGCACAUGUAACUACACAUUUACCUGUUACAGUAACUGCACUUGCAAAGGCUUCUGCAACUGCAAUUUAUGCAAAUGCAACUGCUAAUGCAACAGCACAUGCUGAUGCAACUGCAACUGCAAAUGUUAUUGCAACUCUAAAUUUAACUGCAACUGCAACUGCACAUGCAACUGAAACUAUAACUUCACAUGCUACUGCAACUGCAAAUUCAACAGCAACUGCCACUCAUCAUGCAAUU